ACUUUCACAGGCGUCUGAGGAGCGGCGAGUGGUCCACGAACUGAAGGUCUGGGUUCAUAUGGAGCUGCGGCGCUGCUGAGAGCCCAGCCGGGGAGCCGGUUCCUCCUCACUGGCCACUUCUCAUGCAGAGCGCGUCGCCGCGGACAGCAUCUGGUCCCAGUCCAGCUUUCCAAGACCAGGACUUCCUCCCGCGCCACAGGAGACCUCUUCCUCUGCUCCUCUCCGCGUGCUCGAGACCAUUCUCACCUUCAUUUCCCGCUGCCGGACGCUCGCUCCUCUCCUGCCUCUCCAGCGCGCGGAGCGAAGAGCCGGACAACGUGCUCUGAAUGUAGAGCAGACUUGGAGCAGCGCUGACUGUCCAGGUGCUGAAACGCCUCAUGCAUCUUUCAGGCGGCUCCUCUUUCUAAUGAAACCAGUUGCUCGAGAAGAAAAGGGGGGCAUCUGGCUGGACGACGGACUGGGCAGAAAGGCUGAAGGACCUCUCUGCCUUUGAGAUGCAGUAGCGCUUUUCUUUUUUUUCUUCUUCUUCUUCUUCUUCUUGUUGUUCUUCUAAACCGGACCCUAUGGCUUCGCUCUAUCAGAGGUUUACCGGAAAGAUCAACACGAGCAAAUCUUUCCCGCACCCACCUGAAGCCAGCCACCUUCUCGGAGGGCAGGUCGAGGGAGAGGAGAAGGCAGGAAAAGCCCCCCAGCCUGCGACGGACGGCCGGAUCAGGGUGCAGUACCGCAAGAGAAACGCGUGCGAGGAUGAAGACGAGCUGGUGGGUAGCGCUCCUCCGCAGAGGAACUGGAAGGGAAUUGCCAUCGCUCUGCUGGUCAUUCUGGUCAUCUGCUCUCUGAUCAUCACCUCUGUUAUCCUGCUGACCCCACGUGAGGAUGACAGUCUGGCCUCAAAGAAGAAAAUUACCAUUGAGGACCUGUUCAGCAGGGAGCUGCAGGUUCAUGACCCCGAGGCCAAAUGGCUCAGCGACACUGAGCUGCUGUACCGUAACCGGGAUGGAGAUGUGGUCAAACACAACGUGGAGAGCAACACCACUGUGGUUCUGGUGGAAAACAAGAUGUUUGAAACUUACAAAGCCAGCAAAUACCAAAUCUCCCCUGAUUUGACUCAUGUGCUGCUGGCCUACAAUGUUGUUCCGCUAUACCAGUAUUCCUACACAGCCUUCUAUAUCAUCUGCAGCUUACACACUCCGGACACCGUGGUUCUGGCUGCACCUGAGGUGGCGAGCACAGCGCUGCAGUACGCUGGAUGGGGUCCUAAAGGCCAGCAGCUGAUCUUCAUAUUUGAGAACAACAUCUAUUACCAAGCCACCGUGAGGGACAAACCAAUUCGCUUGGUCACUACAGGAAAAGAGGGCGUCAUAUUUAACGGACUCACUGACUGGCUUUAUGAAGAAGAGAUUUUCCAGAGUUACACUGCUCACUGGUGGUCUCCAGAUGGCCUCAGGCUGGCCUACGCUACCAUCAACGACACCUUGGUGCCCAAGAUGGAGACGCCUAUGUUUACUGGCAGCCUGUACCCAAAUGCUCAAGAGUUUCGAUACCCAAAAGCCGGUGAGGAGAACCCUGAGAUCUACCUGUCAGUGGUCAAUCUGAAUGGCCCUCUCCACACAAUCAGGAUGAAGAAACCUGACGACCCCAGGAUUGGGAAAGAAUAUUACAUCACCAUGGUGAAAUGGGCCACCAGCACCAAACUGGCAGUGAACUGGCUGAACCGAGCACAGAACAACUCCAUCCUCACCUUGUGUGAAGCAACCACAGGAAUCUGCACCAAGAAACAUGAGGACGAGAGCGAGAGCUGGCUCCACAGACAGAACGAAGCCCCACUGUUCUCCAGGGACGGUCUCAGGUUCUUCUUCACCCGAGCAGUGCCACAGGGGGGCCGAGGAAAGUUCUUCCACAUUUCCAUGUCCACCUCCCAGCCCAACAGCACUUCAGACACGCUGCAGUCCUUGACCUCAGGCAACUGGGAUGUCACAGAGGUUUUGGCCUACAAUGAGGAGACACAGCUUGUAUAUUUCCUGAGCACAGAAGACAAUCCAAAAAGACGACACCUGUACAGAGCGUCCACCACAGGCUCCUUCAACAGAUGCUGCCUGUCCUGCGAGUUCAGCUGCACCUACGUCAGCGGCUCGUUCAGCCCGGACUCCAACUACUUCCUCCUCAACUGUAAAGGCCCUGGAGUGCCAUACACAGCAGUCUACAGCACCCGAGACAAGCUGUAUCAGAAACUGCUGGACGUGGAGACAAACGACUUGCUGAACAGCACGGUCAGCUCCAUGCAGAUGCCCAAAGUAGAGUACAAGGAUAUCACCAUUGAUGAAUACACUCUGACCAUCCAGAUCCAGAAGCCGGCGGGAUUCACAGAGACGGCCCACUACCCCCUACUGCUGCUCGUAGAUGGGACCCCUGGUGGUCAAAUGGUGACAGAGCAGUUCCAGGUGGAUUGGGCCACAGUGCUGGUCAGCUCCUACGGCACCAUCGUGAUGCGAUUCGACGGCCGGGGCAGCGGAUUCCAGGGGACCAACCUGCUACACCGCGUCAGGAGAAAGCUCGGGCAGAUCGAGGAGCUGGAUCAGCUGGAGGCUUUAAGCAUCAUAUCAAAAGAGUCGUACGUGGACAAAACAAGAAUCGGAGUGUAUGGAAGGGUGUAUGGAGGAUAUCUCGCCAGCCUUCUGUUGGGCGCUGAAGACUCUCCAUCCAAAUACAACAUCAAGUUCAAAUGUGGAGCGGUCGUCUCUCCCAUCACCGAUUUCAGCCUAUACGCCUCAGCGUUCUCCGAGCGCUAUUUAGGAUUACCUCGAUCCAAUCAGAGAGUGUAUGAGAUGUCAAGUUUAGCACAGCGUUCGGGCAGACUAGAAGAUAAGAAGUUCUUAAUUAUUCACCCUACAGCUGACGAAAAAGUCCAUUUCCAGCACACUGCAAAAUUUAUAACCCAUUUAAUAAAUGAAAAGGCUAAUUAUACAUUACAGAUCUACCCAGAUGAGGGCCACUUCAUCCACUCCGAGGGUUCCCGGCAGCACUUGAGCCAGUCGCUCGUCAACUUCUUUGAGGUGUGUUUCAGGCCGCCUGAGGUGGCGAGCGAGGAGGAGCUGGAGCAGGAGAACGAGGAUGAUGGUUAAAACCCCCAACCCCCCCAAACGCGCCCUCCCUCAGAGCCCAGCGCAGGCCAGCUUAUAGCCCAAUAUGCAAACUGCCCCCCCAACUCCCCUCUGAACCCCCUGCAUCUUCAUUUCCGUCUCAGAUGGGUCAUCCCGAACAUCUGCAUGGACCUGAGCCCUUCACCUCCAGCCGGCUACCAGAAAGGUUCACAGAGGAGGAAGCAGUGUGACGCGUCAGCUGAGUGAGCCGAGGAGGGGACUCGAACAUUUCUUCUUUGUCUGCCUCCCAACAAACCACCCUGGCUGUUGAGCGCCCUCGUGUGAACUGAGCUGGAAGUGACGCAGCUACCCUUCCGGUUGCGGUUUCUCGUGUCAUGCACCGAUGAUGGAAACUUCUGAGCGGACGAUAGCACAACUCAUUUAGGGCAGUGGCGAAGAGGAAAGAAAGGAAAUCCAAUCAGUCCAGCUCCCCAGUGCCACCCCUCUCUGUUACUUUUCAGUGUCUUGCAUUCAAUUACUGAGCUCAAUAAGGUCCUUUUGUUAAGCUGUAAAGGAUAUUCAGACACUUCCUCCUUCAUUUGUCCUUCUUAUCUAAUAAUGUGGAACUUCUUGUUCGGUCAAGUAUCUGUUACAGUACAGUAGCUUUAAAUUGAUAUUUAGUAAUAAACGGCCCGUGAGCAGCUUUCCGAAUUAGGGCCUAACAUAGUGUUCAGUUCAUUCGUGAAUGGGUCGGCUUAGAAAUCGAUGUGGUUUUUAAACAUUGUUCCGAUUAGUUCAUACAGCUGAGGACGUGGAAUCUGAGGUUAUUAUUUUUAGUCACUGUGCCUUACUGAAGUAAAGCUGUACGAGAUGGGCUGUCCGUGAAGUGUUUAACAUGGAAAUAAUAGAUUUUUACAUUGUGAAAAAGCUGAACCAUGUCAGAUCCUUGCCACUGCAUCUUAUCCAAACUUGCUAGUAUUCCAGUCAGUUUGGCUGUAGCUGAAUAGUGAAUUUUAAACCUGUAUUCAUAAUCUAGCUUACGUCAUCAGGUACAACUCUACAGUUGGUUUUCCCUUCUACUAUAUUGUUUCAUAUUAAUGGCUGUGAUCAUGUCCAAAAGGUCCUCGAGGCACAUUUUUGUACAGAAUUUCUUUUGUUUUAAUUCGGCAUGCUAGCAAGUAAACUUUUUUUUUAUUUUCCUUUUGUUUUGGUUAUUAAAGAUCUAUUUAAAUGUUGUGACUUCUGACAGCUUGAAUGUCCUUCUGUGGUUCCACUUUAAUGUACUGUUGUGAGCGAAAACCUUGUCUUGUCUGCAGAUGUACAAACGUGUAAAUUACAAAACUGUUUUGGUCCCUACUGUGUGUAACUUGUACAUAAAGCAUUUUGAAAGCUUU